UAAAAUCUACCCGAAUCCGAGUGCGAAACCCUCGGCCUGAUCGGGCGAGGCCGGCGCAAUUGACACCCCUCUUGCCUCACAUCAGGUAAGGUUUGGAAAAAGAAAGUACACAGGUUUUCGCGGAGAGUCCUUGUUAGCUUGUUUGAUCAAAGAUCAGCCGAAGUUAGGGUCUGAGAGAGCGGCGAUUCUUGAGAUGGAGGAGGAAAACAAAGAGGUGAAGUCAUUUAAGGAUUUGGGAUUGCGGGAGGAGUUGGUGCAGGCAUGCGAUAGAUUGGGAUGGCAGAAGCCGUCGAAGAUUCAGGCAGAAGCCAUCCCCUUCGCUCUUGAAGGGAAAGACGUGAUCGGACUUGCUCAAACUGGUUCCGGCAAAACUGGAGCUUUUGCGCUGCCAAUUUUGCAAGCACUCCUGGAUUACGUCAAUAAUCCAGAACCUAAGAAAGGGCGAAACCCCGACCCAGCAUUCUUCGCCUGUGUUCUAUCUCCAACUCGAGAGUUAGCUAUUCAGAUUGCUGAGCAGUUUGAAGCUCUAGGAUCUGAUAUAAGUCUUAGGUGUGCUGUGCUUGUUGGAGGCGUAGACAGGAUACAACAAGCUAUUGUACUUGGGAAAAGGCCUCAUGUCAUCGUUGCAACCCCUGGUCGUCUUUGGGACCAUAUGUCUGAUACAAAAGGCUUUUCUCUGAGGACUUUAAAAUAUCUGGUUCUAGAUGAAGCAGACAGACUGCUAAAUGAGGAUUUCGAAAAAUCCCUUGACAUGAUUUUGGAAGAGAUCCCUCGGGAGCGGAAAACAUUCCUCUUUUCUGCUACAAUGACCAAAAAGGUCCGGAAGCUCCAAAGAGCAUGUCUAAGGAAUCCUGUGAAGAUUGAAGCCGAUUCCAAAUACUCUACAGUUGAGACUCUAAAGCAGCAGUACCGAUUUGUUCCAGCCAAAUAUAAAGAUUGCUAUCUUGUAUACAUGCUGAGUGAAAUUUCUGGAUCCACAUCAAUGGUCUUCACCCGAACAUGCGACAGUACUCGCUUUUUGGCCUUGAUGCUCCGAAACCUUGGUUUUAGAGCCAUUCCUAUCAGUGGUCAAAUGACCCAGUCAAAGAGAUUAGGAGCCCUGAACAAGUUCAAAGCUGGGGAGUGUAACAUCCUUGUUUGUACUGAUGUGGCUAGCCGAGGGCUUGAUAUUCCAUCAGUUGAUGCGGUUAUUAAUUAUGAUAUUCCGAUGAACUCAAAGGAUUACAUCCACAGAGUUGGUAGAACUGCACGUGCUGGACGAUCUGGAGUUGCAAUAUCUCUGUUAAACCAGUAUGAGCUGGAAUGGUACUUACAAAUAGAAAAACUAAUUGGCAAGAAAUUACCAGAGUACGCAGCAGAAGAAGAGGAAGUUUUGUCACUGUUGGAGAGAGUCACGGAAGCCAAAAGAUUAUCACAAAUGAAAAUCAAAGAGUCAGGAGGUAAAAAGAGGAGAAAGGGAGGAGAAGAUGAGGGCGAGACAGAGAGAUUCUUGGGAACAAGGGACAAGAAAUCAUCAAAGAAGUUUAAAAGAUGAACGAUGCGCGUUGUAACAAAGGCACAUCUCAGUGACCAACCCACCAAAAUUUUGAUAUCAUGGACACCUAACCUAACAAGUUUCAAAACCUGUCUCUUGUCUGAUUUAUGAACAUUGUCUGUCAGAUCAAAAACCUUGUAUAAAGCUUUUUCUCGUGUUAAUGUUUUUUCGCCUAGGAAAUGGUAGUCUUCUUUCUUAAUAAAAAAAAUGCUCAAAUGCUCGUGUGUUCCUAA